AUGGUUGUGCACCCUGAAUACCAGAGAAAAGGACUUGGAGAUGUGAUCUUGAAGUCUAUGCUCCGGAAAAUCAACCAGGAAGCUCCUUCCGAUGGCAAACCGUACAUUUCACUGUUCUCGGAUGAGGCUGGACGACGGUUGUAUCAAAAGAAUGGAUUCAAGAACUCGGCGCCCGGUGAAUUGGGCAUGGUUCUCAAAUCAUAG